AUGUCUUACUACGAGCAGUGCAAGCAGCCCUGCCUGCCCCCUCCCAUCUGCGUGCAGAAAUGCAACCAGUGUGUGGAGCCCUGCAAGACAGUGUGCGUGGAGCCCUGCAGCAACAUCUGUGUGAAGCCAUGCUCCACGCAGUGCGUGGAGGUCUGUGCCCCUAAGUGUGUGGAUGUCUGCCCGGCUCCCUGUGCCUCCGAGUGCACCACAUGCUGCACCACCCAGUGCGUGGAGCCCUGCAGCACCCAGUGCACCACCCAGUGCACCACCCAGUGCGUGGAGCCCUGCAGCACGCAGUGCGUCGAGGUCUGUCCCCCCACAUGCAUCGAUGCCUGCAUAAAGCCCUGUGCCACCCAGUGCCCGACCCACUGCACCACCCAGUGCGUGGAGCCCUGCAUCAGCCAGUGCAGCACCAAGUGUGUGGAGCCCUGCCCGCCAGCGUGCGUGGAGGUGUGCGCUAAGAAGUGUGAUACGUGCGAGACCGUGUGCCUGGAGCCGUGCGGCACCGUCUGCUCUCACCCAUGCUAAUUGCCUUAAUUGAAUG